AUGUCCGACCUCGACGCUGAUUUGUACGGAGACCUUUAUGGCAAUGACGAGACCGAUUUCAACGAGCAGAACAAUGAAGAGCAGCAGCAAGACGUAACUGCAACUGACGCUGGCACCAAGGACAGCGAGGCAACCACGACACCAGCGACAGAGACGAAGCCAGCAUCGAAUGGGACAACAGCACAGAGCUCGACGACCAACGGCCAGACCUCGACCACUACGACCACAAAACCUGCUACGUCAACACCCAUUGCGACAUAUACCUCUCAGCAACCGCAGCUCCAGCAAAUUCCGACAUAUGAGGAGCCCCAGCCAGUACAGUCGAUAUCGCGUCCCGACAGCGGCGCGCUCAACAAGAUUCCGUCAGGCGAGCGGACGGUGCGACCGUCGGAAAUGAAAGACGAAGGCAAGAUGUUCAUUGGCGGCCUCAACUGGGAUACAACAGAUGAGGGUCUCCGGGACUACUUUUCGCAAUUCGGAAAAGUCGAUGCGUGCACCAUUAUGCGCGACGCUGCUGGACGGUCAAGAUGCUUUGCCUUUUUGACAUUCGAAGACCCAGCUAGCGUCAACGCUGUCAUGGUUCGAGAGCAUAUUCUCGACGGCAAAAUCAUCGACCCCAAACGUGCUAUCCCCCGCCAAGAGCACCAACGCGCCACCAAGCUCUUCAUCGGUGGUCUCCCGGGAAGCGUAACCUCGGAAUCCAUGCGCGAGUUCUUCUCGCAGUUUGGCAAGGUCAUCGACUCGACUGUCAUGUUGGACCGCGAGACUGGCCGAAGCAAGGGUUUCGGUUUCAUCUCGUUUGAAGAUACGGAUGUCCGGCCUUUCCUGGGUUUCGGGAACCUCGAAAUUGACGGUAAACUUAUCGACGUCAAACUCGCCCAACCCCGCUACCAACGCGACAACAUGAACAACGAAGACGGCCAAAACCAAGACGGGUACGGCGGCGGCUCAGGCGGGCGCUUCAACGCACAAGGCUCCUCCGGCGCAGGCGCAGCCGGGAACUUUGGCGGUGCCGCGGGUGGUGCGAUGGGCGGAGCUGCGGGUGGAGCGGGUGGUGCAGGCGCAGCGGGCGGGGCGACGUUCGACCCACAGGCCCUCGCUGCUCUCUACACGCGCAUGAUCCAGAUGGCGGGCGGGGGCGCGAUGAACCCGGCGAUGAUGGGGAAUAUGGCGGGUAUGAACCCGAUGAUGGGCGCGAUGGGUGCCGGCGGGUUUGCGGGUGGGAUGAGGCCUGGGAUGGGGAUGGGCAUGAAUAUGGGGAUGGGGAUGGGUAACCCGGCGAUGGGCGGGAUGGGCCGUGGUGGCCCGGGUAUGAUGGGUGGUGCGCAGGGUGGCGCGGGAGGAGGUGCGGGUGGUGUACCGAGAGGCCCGCGUGGAGGCGCGCCAGGUGCGCAAGGCGGGCCACCCGCUGCUGGGAUGGGCAACGCUGGUGUUGGACCACAGCGAAGCCAGAGGGGAACGCACAACUUCCAUCCCUAUGCUCGGUAG